AUGAAACAGAUAUUUAAGCAUUCUCUAUCAUUCCUAAUGCUCCUGGGUGUCGUGGCUGCCCAAACCAAUGAACAAUGUACCAUAACCUGCAGCAAAAAAAUUGACAAAGAUGAAGUUUUGUCUCAAAUCACAACUAAUGUCAAUGUAAACCAAAUUGGUGAAUGUCAUUUGGAAAUGGAAAAGCUCGAAAAAAGAGUUGAUACUUUGGAAAGUUCUUUGGUACCCACAGAUCUCAUUGGAUGGACGGUGUUUCAACGCAGAAAAGACGGUUCCGUAAAUUUUUAUAGAGAUUGGAAUGAUUAUCUCGCGGGAUUUGGAAACGACUUUCAAAUAACAAACGUUCAGUUUUCUUCCAAAGAUCAUUACCAUGAUCAAGUUUCAGAUGAUUGCGCUGAGCGUUUCAAAGGUGCUUGGUGGUAUGGAGUAGUCGAAUCCACUGGUGGCCACAGAUUUUGCCAUUUGUCAAAUCUUAACGGGCAGUAUCUCCGUGGCGAACACGAUACAUUUGCUGAUGGUGUGAACUGGAGAGAUUUCAGAGGUUAUCACUACUCACUCAAGUACUCAGAAAUGAAGAUGAGACUGAAGGAAAAUUAA